AUGGCAGACGCUGAAAAAGAUAUGGAUACCUCAAUGGGAGAAGGUGGAAAUGGAAGCAUAGAAGUGGCGGCGAUUCAAGAAAUAUUAGCGGAUUGUGGGGUCGAGGAAUAUGAUCCGAGAGUUGUUGGAAUGCUUAUGGAUGCACAAUAUGCUUUAACCGUAAAAGUUUUGGAAAUGGCGAAUGGAUUAGCGAAACACAAUGGAAAGGCGAUGAUCGAAGAAGAAGAUGUACAAACAGCCAGCGACAUUUUAGGUGUCUUGAAAAGCACAAUACCCGAUCGACAAAAAAUGAUUCAGAUGGCAAAUGAUAAAAAUUUGCAGCCGCUUCCACAAAUUCGUCAUAAUUACGGUCUUAAACUUCCAAAUGAUAGAUUUUGCCAAUUACAGCCAAAUGUUUUAUUUAAAUCUGAGGAUCAUGACGCAAUAAUGCCACAGAUCGUGAACACGAUGCCUUUAUCAGAGCCAAAUGAAGGAAUGAUUCGUCCCGAUCAGGUGUCAAAUAUCUUAAAACGAAGAGGAGACGAAGAUGACUUCGAUAAUUAG